AUGUCAUUCUUAAAUCAAGCUAGAAGAUUUUCAACUUCUUCAAUUAGAAGAAAUUAUUCAGAAACUAUUAAAAAUUUAAAAAUUAAUAGUGAUACAAAAGUUAUUUAUCAAGGUUUUACUGGUAAACAAGCAACUUUCCAUGCUCAACAAGCUUUAGAUUAUGGUACUCAAGUUGUUGGUGGUACAAAUCCUAAAAAAGCUGGUUCUUUACAUUUAGGUCAACCUGUUUUCGCUUCUGUUAAAGAAGCUAUUGAACAAACUGGUGCAACUGCAACUGGUAUUUUCGUUCCUCCAUCAAUUGCCGCUAAAGCAAUUGAAGAAGCUAUUGAAGCUGAAAUUUCUUUAGCUGUUGCAAUUACUGAAGGUAUUCCACAACAUGAUAUGUUAAGAAUUGCAAAUAUUUUGAAAACUCAAAAUAAAACAAGAUUAGUUGGUCCAAAUUGUCCUGGUAUUAUUGCUCCAGAACAAUGUAAAAUUGGUAUUAUGCCUUCAAAUAUUCAUAAAAGAGGUAAAAUUGGUAUUGUUUCAAGAUCUGGUACUUUAACUUAUGAAGCUGUUGAUCAAACUACUAAAGCUGGUUUAGGUCAAUCUUUAGUUAUUGGUAUUGGUGGUGAUCCAUUCCCAGGUACAAAUUUCAUUGAUGCUUUAUCAUUAUUUUUAAAAGAUGAAGAAACUGAAGGUAUUAUUAUGAUUGGUGAAAUUGGUGGUUCUGCUGAAGAAGAAGCUGCUGAAUUCUUAAAACAAUACAAUUUAACAAGAGAAGUUCCAAAACCUGUUGUUUCAUUUAUUGCUGGUGUUUCAUCUCCUCCAGGUAGAAGAAUGGGUCAUGCUGGUGCCAUUGUUGCUGGUGGUAAAGGUGGUGCCCAAGAUAAAAUUAAAGCUUUAGAAUUAGCUGGUGUUGGUGUUGAAGCUUCUCCUGCUAGAUUAGGUGCUGGUUUAUUAAGACAAUUUAAAGAAAGAAAUUUAUUAUAA